UCAAUGGCAUUGAUUUAAAAAAAGCAAAAGCAAUCUUUUAUUUUUAUUCAGUUUCUCAAUUCUGCUUUUCUUUGUAUUGGUCUCUGUCUUAUAAAACACCAACUCAUGGUUGUAAUGUGACAAAGUUUCAUUGGUAUGAAUACUAAUGCGAGGAGGUGUAUAAUGUGCUCAGUUCAGCAAACAGCGGCUACUGAGAGGAGGGGAAAAGAUAACCGAGCUGCUCCUCCUGGGUGUGAUUUAUCAGAUUCUGCACAUCCAGCGGCUGCAGAUUAACAGUUAACCUGCUCGUCCCUUCGUGUGAGAGUGGACAAAGUGCACAUCGCCGUCAGCUGGCCGGAGACGGGCUCUGAGGAGAAGCAGAGGAUACCGGCCAGGAACAUGCAGGCUGGGCUCAGACUUUACAUCAAGUCUCCUUACCUAGUGUAAAGAAUGAAAACAUGGCAACUCUGGAGCUGUACACCAAGGGAGCAGCUGUGUGGGUCCCUGACCCAGAAGCGGUGUGGGUCUCAGCCACCCUCCUCAGGGACUACAGGCCCGGAGAGGAACGGCUUCUGCUGCAGCUCCACAAUGGAAACGAGGUCCAUUACUCGGUCGACUCCCCGUCCGACCUCCCCCCGCUGGGGAACCCCGACAUCCUGGAGGGGGAGAACGACCUGACGGCUCUCAGCUUCCUGCAUGAGCCGGCUGUGCUGCACAACCUGCGGGUCCGGUUUCUGGACUACAGCAGCAUCUACACUUACUGUGGUAUCGUGUUGGUGGCCAUAAAUCCCUACGAUCAGCUCCCCAUCUACGGGGAGGAAGUGAUAGACGCUUACAGCGGCCAGGACAUGGCUGACAUGGAGCCUCACAUCUUCUCUGUGGCCGAGGAGGCCUACUGCACCAUGACUCGGGAGGAGAGGAACCAGUCCAUCAUCAUCAGUGGGGAGUCCGGCUCGGGGAAAACGGUUUCAGCCAAAUUCACCAUGCGAUACUUUGCCGUGGUUGGAGGAGCAGCUCGACAGACCAGCGUGGAGGAGAAGGUGCUGGCCUCAAACCCCAUCAUGGAGUCCAUAGGGAAUGCUAAAACCACUCGGAAUGACAACAGCAGCCGCUUUGGGAAGUAUAUAGAGAUUGGCUUUGGUGGGAAGGGGGACAUCAUCGGGGCAAAUAUGCGCACGUACCUGCUGGAGAAGUCAAGGGUUGUCUUUCAGGCAUCGUCCGAGAGGAACUACCACAUCUUCUAUCAGCUGUGUGCAGCCAGAGAGCUGCCUGAAAUGAGAUCUCUCAAACUGGAGCCCCCUGAGUAUUUCCACUACACUAACCAGGGAGGAGAGAUGCAGAUUCCUGGCACGGAUGAUCUGUCGGACCUGGAGCGUACUCGCAAUGCUUUCACCGUUCUAGGUGUGCAGCCUGAACACCAAAUGGAGCUCUUCAGGAUCCUGGCGGCUGUUCUGCACCUGGGAAACGUCAACAUUCAAGCCAGCGGGAGAAGCGCUGACAGAAGCUACAUCGAUGCGGACGACCGCUCUCUGGCGGUCUUCUCCAAGCUGCUGGGGGUCGAGCGAUCUCAGCUGGCUCACUGGCUGUGCAGCCGCAGACUCGCGGUGGGUGGAGAAAUGCUGGUGAAGCCCAUGACUGGGCAGCAGGCUCUGGAAGCCAGGAAUGCUCUCGCCAAACACAUCUACGGUCAGCUGUUCACCUGGACGGUCCAAAGGCUCAACUCAGCCCUGCGAUCGCAGAAGGGGAAGGCCAGAUCUUUUAUAGGGGUGUUGGACAUCUACGGGUUUGAGACCUUUGAUCAGAACAGCUUUGAGCAGUUCUGCAUAAAUUAUGCGAAUGAAAAACUUCAGCAGCAGUUCAACAGGCACGUGUUCCACUUGGAGCAGGAGGAGUACAUCCGGGAGGAGCUGGCCUGGAACAGGAUUGAAUUCAGCGACAACCAGGAGUGCAUCAAUCUCAUUGAAGGUCCCCUGGGAAUCUUUGAUCUGUUAGACGAGGAGUGCCGGAUGCCUAAAGGAUCCGAUGAAAGCUGGGCACGAAAGCUAUACGACCAGCACCUGACCAGCAAGCCCCAUCCUCACUUCGGGAAACCCAGGAUGACAAACAGCGCCUUCAUUGUUUUCCACUUCGCUGACACGGUGCAAUACGAAUGCGGCGGCUUUUUAGACAAGAAUCGAGACACCGUGUUUGGAGAGCUCAUCAACAUCCUCAAAGCGAGUCAGUCGGAGCUGGUGGCUGAGUUGUUCCAGCAGCAGGGAAGCACCCUCCCUGUGGCCAAUGGGAGCGUUCGCACAGGAAAAAGAGUUGCCAGAGAGCACAGGUUGACCGUAGGCUUUCAGUUUCGUCAGUCCUUACAGAUGCUAAUGGACACUCUGAAUAGCACCACCCCUCACUAUGUUCGCUGCAUCAAACCCAACGACCUAAAAGCACCGUUCAUGUUUGACCCACAGAGGACGGUGCAGCAGCUGAGAGCUUGUGGGGUGCUGGAGACGAUUCGUAUCAGCGCAGCAGGUUAUCCAUCCAGGUGGACGUACGAGGAGUUCUUCAGCCGGUAUCGUGUUCUCCUUCGAGGUGCCCAGCACCAGGACCAGGCCUCCUGCAGACAUGCCCUGCCUCAGCUGAUCCCAGACACAGACCAGUACUGCUUCGGGAAGACCAAGGUGUUUUUCCGAGCGGGUCAGGUGGCCGUCCUGGAGAGGCUGAGAUCCGAACGGCUGCGCGUCUCUGCUGUGGCCAUCCAGAGUCGCGUCAAAGGGUGGCUGGCACGCAUCAGAUACAGCCGGAUCCUCUGGGCUGCUGCCACCAUCCAGAGAUACAGCCGAGGAGCUCUGGCCAGACGAUUGGCUCUCACCCUGCGCUACACUAAGGCUGCCACGGUGAUCCAGAAGACCUACCGCAUGCUGGUGGUCAGGCAGCUCUUCCUCCUGAUUCGGGACGCCACCGUCACCAUCCAGGCCUUCACCAGGGGGACGCUGGCCCGCCGCACAUACAGAGAGCUGAAGGCGGAGAGGGCCGCCGUGCUGCUCCAGGCGAGGGUGCGCGGAUGGCUGGCGAGGCGGGCGUACCGGCGGGUCCGUGCCGCGGUGGUGCUCAUGCAGUGCUGCGUGCGCCGCAAGGCCAGCAGGAGAGAGCUGCUGAGGCUGAAGGCCGAGGCCCGCUCCGUGGAGAGGUACAGGGAGCUCAACAAGGGCAUGGAGGUGAAACUGAUGCAGCUGCAGCUCAGAGUAGACCAGCAGUCGAGGGAGAGCGCUGCUCUGAGAGAGACUCUGAACGCGGAGCGAGAGGCUGCCAGCGCUGAGCUGGAGGCUCUGAGGGGAAUGAUACAGAAGCUGGAGAGCCAGAAGGAGAAGAAGCCUCCACCUUCCUGCAUUAUCAGUGAGAAGGAGGCGGAGGAAAGGAGGAGAGCGGAGGAGAAGGCAGCACAGGAGAUCCUUCGACUCACACAGGAGUUGCAAGCGUUGCAGAAAGACAAGGACGGUGUUUGCAAGGAGAAGGAAGAUCUCUCCGCCCGCUUACAAGAGAAGGAGAAAACGCAAGAAGAGCACGUGCAGAAGGCCGUGCUAGAGGCCAGCGCGGCUCUGCGGUCGGAGCUGGAGGAGGAGAAGAUGAAGUACCAGGGGCUCCUGAGGGAGCUCAGCAGACUGGAGCAGAGAUACGACAACCUGAAGGAGAUGAAUCUGCUCACCGAGCGAGCCAGGGGCCACAGAAGGACCGACUCGGCGCAGAGUCUGAGCCUGGAGCCUCUCUCUCCGUCCUCAGCGCCGCUGUCGCCCCAGUCUCUCACCCCCCUCUCCGUGUCCCCCUUCGCGUCGGCCUUCCCUUCCCCGGAGGAGCAGCGCAGGGUCAGUGUGACGUCCCCCACCCUGGAGAGGAGGCUCUCGGUGUGGAGCUCAGAGGCACGACUGGACCAGCUGAUGGAGAUGACGGACGUGGCCAAAGACCCGGCUGUGAAGAAGAGAGGAGAAGACCUGGAGUUUGCGUACGAUGCCGUACGGGUGGCCAACAAGUUUCUGGAGAGCCAGCUGCAGAAGCAGCAGAGUCAGUGGAAAGAGGAGCUCGAGGCUCUGAGGAACCAGCUCAGUCAGACGAUCUGUUCCGGGUCCUCUGCUGCAAAGAAGCAGGAUCUGUGGGAGCUGCUAGAGGCCAGAGAGUUUGAGUGCAUGAGGCUGCGGAGGGAGGUGAGGGAGCUGAGGACGGCGGCGUCUCUCAGACAUCUGCUGACGGAAGUUUCACCAUCAGCUCCGACCACAGAGACCUUCCCUCCCGCUCAGCUGAAGCCAGCAGCAGUCCCAGGUUUGCUGGAGUGCAGGAAGAGAGACGAAGCCAAACUCAUCAAGAACCUCAUCACAGACAUCCGUCCCGACGGCGCGCUGGCUCUUCCUCCUGGUCUGCCGGCCAAAGUCGUCUUCCUCUGUGUCCGUCAAGCCGACUGCAGCGGAGACCAAGCUCGGGCUCGCUCGCUCUGCAGUGCCGCCGUCGUGGCCAUGAAAGCUGCUCUGAAGAAGCAAACAAAUGAUCUCGACAUGACUGCUCUGUGGCUGAAAAAUGUUUGUCUUUUGCACGACCUGUUGAUCCAGCACUCCCCAAAACAGCAGAGCCUCGACUCAGACGAGCUGGUUCCUAUGAGGACAGACCUGAGCGACUUGAUGCGCGCCCUGAGUGACCUCUGCAUCCAGGCCUAUCAGCAGCUCAUCUCCAUCACUGAGACGCAGCUACAGAAACUCAUAGUCCCAGCCCUUCUGGAGAGCGAGAACAUCCCCGGCCUGUCCGGCGCGACGGUGAAGCUGGUUGUAUCCAGGAAGCGGGCGGGCUCGGACCCUCGACCCGUCGGCGCCGACGCUCCCACCGUGGCGUCUGUGAUGAGGCAGCUCGGAGCCCUUCACACCGCCCUGAGCCGCCAGUGUCUGCCCCAGAGUCUGGCAGAGCAGGCUUUCCGGCAGAUGACCUACCUCAUCAGUGCCUGCGCUCUCAACAACCUGCUGCUGAGGAAAGACAUGUGCUGCUGGAGCCGCGGCAUGCAAAUACGCUACAAUGUGAGUGUGCUCGAAGAGUGGUUGCGCAGCCGAGGUCUGCAGGCAGGGGGCGCUGUGGCCACACUGGAGCCGCUCAUCCAGGCAGCUCAGCUGCUGCAGGUGGGGAAAAAGACUGAGGCAGAUGCUCAGGCCAUCGUUCGGACCUGCACGGCUCUCUCCUGCAAGCAGAUUGUGAAGAUUCUGACUCUCUACACGCCUCACAGUGAUCUUGAUGAAAAAGUCUCUCUAAAUUUCAUUCGCACCGUCCAGGAGCUGAUCAAAGACCGCUCCGACAGCCAGCCUCCACAGCUCCUUCUGGAUGUGAGAAGAGUGUUCCCAGUCACUUUUCCCUACUCGCCUCCCCCGGCCCUCGGUGCAGAGGAAUUAGUCAUCCCUGAAUCCCUCAAGAUCUCCUUUCUACGCCGAGCCUAAAAACAACCAAGCCAAAUAUUUGACAACUGAUUGUGUUUAAUUUUGUCCUCGGAAAUUUAAACGGCUUUAAGGGACUGUUAUGAAUUUAAUUAUUCUCUGAUCAUUACAAGCUCCACAAUUUUCCGGCAAAGUUGAUUAUUAGUCUAUAAUAAGGCCUUAAACUGAGUCCGAGAUUACUGAUCUUUACUUGGUUUUGGCCAAAACGGGUACAGCUUGAGAAGAUUUCAUUCAAUAAAGACCCAAACAGAAA